GGAGGCGGAGGGCACCGUGAUUGGCUCGCGACCGCGGCGCCGGCGCGGAUUGGCUUCUGCGGAUUGAAGCGCGUUGACUGCGCGGAGGUUGAAAUUCAAAAGUGGCUGGUGUGGCGGAUUGGCCUGGCCGAUUGGCCUGGCGGAUUGUCCUGGCUCCUGGACAGCUUGGCUCCGGCGUUUUGCGGCGCGAGCCCUUGAGAGGACGCGGGUCUCGUCACCCUGCCUGCUGCCUUUGCAUCCCUUCCUGUGCGGACCACCAUGGACGUGCAGGCGCAGGGAAGGGAAGUGAAGAGGAACGUAGAACUGAAGGCCACCCUGGUCAAGUCCUCCUCCCGACUGCCCCUGUCAGCGAGCAGCCUCAAGAGGGGUCCUGACCAGAUGGAGGAUGCCUUGGAGCCUGCAAAGAAACGGACACGAGUCAUGGGUGCAGUGACCAAAGUUGACACAUCCCGUCCCAGAGGACCCCGCCUCAGCACAGUGUCACAGACGCAGGGCCACACUGCAGCUCAGAAAGGCCCUAAGAAGACAGGACCUCGUGGGUGCUCUACUGUUGGUGCAGGAAACACAGCCCUUGAUGCCCGUGUCUUGGAGCUGGAGGAAAGUCUGGGUACCAGGGAAAGGCUGCUUCAGGAUCUUCAGAGAGAGCGGCUGCAGUUGCAGGAGGAGCGGAGCACACUGAGCACCCAGCUGGAGGAGCAGGAGAGGAGGUUUCAGGUCACAGAAGCAGCUCUGUCAAGCAGCCAAGAAGAGGUGGUGUGUCUUCGGCAGAAGACUGAAGCCCAGGUGACCUUGCUGGCUGAGCAAGGAGACCGGCUCUAUGAGUUAGAGAUGGAGCGGCGGCGACUCCACAACCAGCUGCAGGAACUGAAGGGCAAUAUCCGGGUGUUCUGCCGUGUGCGCCCUGUCCUCACAGGGGAAUCCACUCCAUCUCCUGGCUUCCUUGUGUUUCCUCCUGGCCCUGCUGGACCCUCUGAUCCCCCGACUGGCCUUAGCCUCUCACGAUCUGAUGAUCGGCGCUCCACCCUGACUGGGGCCCCAGCACCCACUCUCCGCCAUGAUUUCUCCUUUGAUCGGGUGUUCCCGCCGGGAAGCAAGCAGGAGGAAGUGUUUGAAGAGAUCGCCAUGCUUGUCCAGUCAGCACUGGAUGGCUACCCUGUGUGCAUUUUUGCCUAUGGACAGACAGGCAGUGGCAAGACCUUCACUAUGGAAGGAGGGCCUAGGGGAGACCCCCAAUUGGAAGGGCUGAUCCCUCGGGCCAUGCGGCAUCUGUUCUCUGUGGCCCAGGAGAUGAGCGGCCAGGGCUGGACAUACAGUUUUGUGGCGAGUUACGUAGAGAUCUACAAUGAGACCGUUCGAGACCUGCUAGCUACUGGGCCCCGCAAGGGACAAGGGGGCGAGUGUGAGAUCCGUCGCGCAAGCCCAGGGAGUGAGGAGCUUACUGUCACCAAUGCCCGCUAUGUCCCUGUUUCCUGUGAGAAAGAGGGCCUGCAGUGUGGCGCUCCCCUCAACCUUGUGGACCUAGCUGGGAGUGAGCGGCUAGACCCUGGCUUACCCCUAGGCCCUGGGGAGCGUGAUCGUCUUCGGGAAACACAGGCCAUUAACAGCAGUCUGUCUACACUGGGACUGGUCAUAAUGGCCCUGAGCAAUAAGGAGUCCCACGUGCCUUACCGAAACAGCAAGCUCACCUACUUGCUGCAGAACUCUCUGGGUGGCAGUGCCAAGAUGCUUAUGUUUGUGAAUAUUUCUCCUCUGGAAGAGAAUGUCUCCGAGUCUCUGAAUUCACUACGCUUUGCUUCCAAGGUGAACCAGUGUGUCAUUGGUACUGCUCAGGCUAAUAAGAAGUGAAGUCGGAACCAGAGCCUGAUUCCCUUGCAAGCCAGUGCGCAUGCGUCUCUGUUUU